UGGGCGGAGUCCGGCCGAGGCGGGGCAGCUGCGGGCAGUGAGACAGCCGGGGUCGCUGCGGCGGCGGGGUGCUGGGGGGAAAUACUGGGGGGAUCCCUGGGGCCGAGGGCUCGUUGUUGUACGGGGAAGUUUCUGAGGGCUGAUCUCUCUAGGACAGCUGGGACUGAGGGUUUUGGGGAGGGGGGAUGUUGUCAGAAGCAGAAGCAUCCCACUAGGCUGCAAGUUUGGGGGGAUCUCCCUGCGUACAGCCGCGUGGGGUGGGGUACAAAAAGUGCUCCUGUGUUCGGGGGAAGUGAAGAGGGUCCAGGGCUCUUGGAAGGGCCUGGGGCGGUGCCCAUCGCUGUGGUGUCAGGCACCAGCCCCGCGUUCCCGUUGCAAUGGCCGCCCCCUGCGGAGAGCAGAUCCACCGGCAGGUGCAGGAUUACUAUGGCAAAGAGCUGCAGAAGUCGGAGGACCUGAAAACCAACGCGUGUGUCACCUCAUCCAGGCCUCCUCUCAAGGUGGUGAGAGAUGCUUUGGAGCGUGUCCACGAGGAGGUGGUGGCCAGGUACUAUGGCUGCGGUCUGGUGGUCCCCGAGUGCCUGGCGUCAUGCCGGAUCCUGGACCUGGGCAGCGGCAGCGGCAGAGACUGCUACCUGCUGAGCCAGCUGGUUGGAGAGCAGGGCCAUGUCACUGGGAUAGACAUGACCGAGAGCCAGGUUGAGGUGGCAAAGAAGCACAUCGCCUACCACAUGGACAAGUUUGGCUACCAAAAGCCAAACGUGGAGUUCCUCCAGGGCUACAUGGAGAAGCUGGGUGAUAUUGGGCUGGCUGAUGAGAGCUACGAUAUUGUCAUCUCCAACUGUGUGAUCAACCUUGCUCCUGACAAGAGGGCUGUGCUUCGGGAGGCCUACCGUGUGCUGAAGUCCGGGGGAGAGAUGUACUUCAGUGAUGUCUAUGCCAGCCAGCACCUGAGCGAAGCUGUCCGGAAGCACAGGGUGCUGUGGGGGGAGUGCCUGGCAGGAGCUCUGUACUGGAAAGACCUGUACAACAUUGCUGAGGAAGUGGGGUUCAGCCCCCCAUGCCUGGUCACCGCCAGCCCCAUCACCAUCAGCAACAAGGAGCUGGAGAGCAUCAUUGGCAACUGCCGUUUUGUCUCUGCAACUUUCCGCCUGUUCAAGGUGCCAGAAAGCAGCCGGGCUGGGCCAGGACAGGUCAUCUACAAUGGCGGGAUCGUGGGGCACGAGCAAGAGCUGGUGUUCGAUGCCAACUUCACCUUCAAGGAAGGAGAGGUAGUGGACGUGGAUGCUGAGAUGGCUGCGAUCUUGCGGAGCUCCAGGUUUGCAGAGGAGUUCCUGAUCCGAGCCAGUGAGGCCAAUACUGCUGCACCCCAGGGCUGCUGUCGCAAGGGCAUGAAGGAGAAGAUUUGCAAUCCCUUCCAGCUGCUGGAGCGGCUGGCGGCCCCAGGUCCUGCCUCCUGUCCUGGUGGCACCUGUGGUCCCCCGGGGUGCUGCUGAGUGGCAGGUGAUGCCCCCACACCAGCUCGUGCCAGCAGGGCAGGAGGAUGCAGCCCCAGCAGCGUGUGGCAUCCACUGGAGAGCAAAUAAAUGGCUGAGCUCAAAGGCCGUGUGCUCACAGCCA